GAGGUGUGAGCCAGUUUGACUUUAAUCAGAUAAAAAACUUUCAAAGGAAAAAUAAAUCGUGUGAUUUGACUCUCACACACCGCCUUUUCCUCCAGGGGGCGUGGCAUAACUGGUGCGGGCCCGCCCUGAUGUCCCGAUGACAGCACGGACAAGAUGGCGGCCAGCUGGGAAGUGAAGUGAGGAUGUCAACAUCAUUUCUUCAGUUCGAACAAGUCUGGAUUUUCUCCACAUAUCCCCUCGAUCAAACCGCAGUGUAAUUCCCUUGCCGUAUAUUUGUUUUAGGAGCCGAAACCGGGGCACUUGAACUCAAACGCGCGUAUGUUUUUGCGCUAUGUUUUGGAAAUCCGUUUGCGCAAAGAGGACCAUCAACUCUUGAUGAGCGAUCUGGCCUGCAUGAGUCUUCAAAACCUUCUCCAGGAGUCUUUAAAAGAGGGUUUCGACAACAUAUCGCGCAUUACAUCGACUGAAAUUCUCGGAUCUGUCUAAACGAGGCUGUUUUGCUCGGUGUUUGCGCCGAUUUCCGCGAGGAAGCGCAGCAGUUCUCAGAGAGCUGCGGAAGUGGUGAGAGAUUUUCACGCCAGUCGUCUUUCGUGGAUGCUCUUUACCCACUCUCUCCGGCUGUAAAACAUCAGAGACCGCGUAAAAACUUAAGUGAACAGGAUCCGGAGGUGUAUUAGCAGUGUUUGCUGACUUGCCAGUUUAAGUGAUUAAAGUGACGCCAUGGCUCAUUCUCCAGUGCAGGGCAGUCUGCCUGGAAUGCAGAAUUUAAAAGCAGACCCUGAGGAGCUGUUCACCAAGCUGGAGAGAAUCGGCAAGGGCUCGUUCGGAGAGGUGUUCAAGGGCAUCGACAAUCGCACGCAAAAAGUGGUGGCCAUCAAGAAUAUAGAUCUAGAAGAGGCUGAAGACGAGAUUGAAGACAUUCAGCAGGAAAUCACAGUAUUGAGCCAGUGUGACAGUCCGUUUGUCACUAAAUACUAUGGCUCCUAUCUUAAGGACACAAAGUUAUGGAUCAUCAUGGAGUAUUUAGGUGGUGGAUCUGCUCUGGAUCUGCUGGAGCCUGGUGCUCUGGACGAAACGCAGAUCGCCACCAUUUUGAGAGAGAUCUUAAAAGGUCUGGAGUAUCUUCACUCUGAGAAGAAGAUUCACAGAGACAUUAAAGCUGCAAACGUAUUGUUGUCGGAGCAAGGGGAGGUGAAGCUGGCAGAUUUCGGAGUGGCCGGCCAGCUCACAGACACACAGAUCAAGCGAAACACAUUUGUGGGCACACCCUUCUGGAUGGCACCAGAGGUCAUUAAACAGUCUGCAUAUGACUCAAAGGCCGAUAUUUGGUCGCUGGGCAUCACAGCAAUUGAGCUGGCAAAAGGAGAGCCCCCCCACUCUGAUCUGCAUCCUAUGAAGGUGCUGUUUCUCAUUCCGAAGAACAACCCCCCCACACUGGAGGGCAACUAUUGCAAACCUCUGAAAGAGUUUAUCGAGGCCUGUCUAAACAAGGAGCCCAGUUUUAGACCGACAGCCAAAGAGUUGCUGAAACACAAGCUCAUCGUACGGUACGCGAAGAAAACAUCCUAUCUGACGGAGCUCAUCGACAAAUACAAACGCUGGAAGGCAGAACAGUCUCGAGCCGAGUCCAGCUCAGACGAAUCAGACUCAGAACCAGACGGUCAGGCAUCCGGUGGCAAUGACUUUGGCAAUGACAACUGGAUCUUCACCAUUCGAGAAAAGGACCCCAAAAAACUGCAGAAUGGAGCAAGUUCAACAGGAGAUGAGGAGCCAAGCAAGAGACCCCAGUCCCAGAGUCUGUCCACUGUCAUCACUCCAGUCUUUACCGAGUUGAAGGGAGGAGCUGGAGAGACGCCGGUAAAGCCUGAAGUUCUGGAGGAGCUCAAGGAAGCCAUUUACCUCGCUGAGGAGGCGUAUCCGGGAAUCUCAGAUGUCAUGGUCACCGAGCUUAUUCAGAGGCUACAACGGUUCUCUAGGGCAAGAACAUCCUCCUCCUCGCACCAGUGAUUAUUCCAUUAGCCUGUCCGUCUCUCUUUGGUCCCGCCCCCCGGCAUCAGCUCAGCGAAUCCUUACACCAGCAGA